AUGCAGCCCCUCAUCGCACUGUGGCCACCGCAGCAGCACAACCACAAACCCCACGCCACCGGAGGCGACGGCGCCAGCACCCUAGCGAGAAGCCGCACCACUCCGCGGGCGCACGCUACACCGCACGCAACGACACAGCAUUCUCCCCAGCCACCGCCCAUUGCAUGCAGUGAUAGUUUACAAGCCGACGCUCGGACAGACGUGACCACAGGCAAGCCUGUGGUCGCAAUUUGCGUUCAAGAUGUCGACGUUCAAAGCAGUCUGCGAUUCACAUUAACUCACACAGUUGGCUGCACUCUUCAUCGACGCACGAGCCGAGUGAUCCACCGCACACAACUGCCAGCCCACACAGCCUACAAGGAGCGGCAGUCCUCACGACUCACAGCGGCUGUAGUCUUGGCGCACCGUGCAUUUGCCACUGCCGCCGUCCAUCCACGCACCCACACUCCGAGCGGACGCACAAACACGCAAGGAGCAGCGGUCACCACACGGAAUCGCGCAACACCUCAAACGCACACUCGUGUAGAAUGCAUGGAGCACCACAUGCUAACACUACCGCCACUGCAGGCUACAAUCAUGUCCACUGAGCAGCCAAUAAGAACAGCAGCAGCAACGGUAGCAUAA